CGCAGACCAUUUGACAUUGAACGAAUUAACUAUAGCCAAAAUGCUUCUCGACGAGGACCCCGCGACUCUCAUCCACCACACAGUCGGCAACUUCAACAUCCACCCCGACAAACAAGCCGUAACGCGCAUCAACGACUCCCUCUCUACCCUCCAACAAUCCCGCGAACUGCGCUCUCGCGAAGCCGAAUCCGCCCUCCGAAAACUCUCCCGCAACCUCAACUCCUUGAAUGCGCAACAUGAAGAAGCCGUAACCACGCACGACUCCGGAAGACACGCGCAGGGCAUUGUCGAGCUGGACACGAAAAAGUUCCGGAUUGCGAAGGCGGCAUCGGAGUUGGAGAUUGAGAGUGAGAGACUGGAGAGCGAACUGGAAAUGUUGAAGGAGAGGUUGGCGGAUUUGGAGGCGCAGGGACUAGAGGGGGAUGAGGGAACGAGGAGGGAGAGGGAAGCUGAUGAUGCUACGAUUCUUCGUCUCAAGAUCUUUAGAUCUUUGGGCAUCGAUAUCGAGCCGGAUGAGGCCGGAAACUUCACCAAGGCUGUUAUUCGCAACAGUCGGAAGGGUGAUGUGCACGUGGUUAAUGUCGACUCGAAGUUUUCACGGUUCUUUUAUUCCAACUACUUCUGGUCGACUAUGCAGGGAUAAGUGUCGGUAUUGGCGUUUGGGAUAAGGCGUUCAGCAUAUGGAAAUCGGUAACUAUGUUAUGUUUAUGUCUAUGAUGAGUUAUAUACCCUUAAGGAUGAAUCAAUAUGGUACAGUGCAAGA